UCUACAGCGUUUUAAUAGGGCUCUUAAUAAACAGUCCAGCUCCUUGAGACUAUGGCGGGACAUAUGAGACUAUGGAAACCCUGGUGCGGCGGACGGUCUGUGUGUGUGCUGUGAAAUUACAUCCUUGAUUGUAAAAAAAAGUGGAAUUCGGAUUAUAUCUUACUGGGCGGGUCUCAGUUUCCCUUUUUUUCCUGCCCAGGAAGAGUAUAUGUAUGGGAAACACUGUGGUGGUGAUGAUGAUGAAGAUGAUGAUACAGUCUUCUUUCUGUCUUCAGUCCAUCUGUGAAGGUUUUAAAGAAGCUGUUCAGUAUGUUCUGCCCCGACUGCUGCUCACUCCUGUUUACCACUGUCUACACCUGUUCGAGAUCCUCAAGCAACUGGAGGAGAAGAGCGAGGACGAGGAGGACAAAGAGUGUCUGAAACAGGCGAUCACCGCUCUGCUCAACCUGCAGAGCAGCAUGGAGAGGAUCUGCUCCCGGAGCCUCGCCAAGAGGAGGCUCAGGUAUAGCGUCCCAACACACCUGUGUACACUCGCUCACAAAAAAAUCAGUCAAGACUAAACUCUGAGAAUCUGCUGAGAGAUGUCCAUCAUUAGUUUCUACAAAGACUGAUUUGAUCCAUCAGUGAAAAACUGAUGUUUAAAGAUGCCAUUUUCCCACAGACCGCAACAGUUCACAGGAGGACAGAAUUUAAAAUGCUGCCAAAAAUUCAGUUUCCCAGAUAAACUUCUGAAAUGCUGCA